CUUAGAAAUAAACAGGCGUCUCAAGCUCCCUUUCGUCUUCCACCUUCCUUGUGGCACCAACGACGAUUGACGAUUGAAGCAAAAGGAGAAACAUCUCUCUCUUUGAAGUUUCCGCCAUGGUUCUCCGAUCAGAAAACCUCUGGACGUUCCUGAUAACCGUAGCGAUUAUCUGCCGCGUAUCUCAAUCUCUCCACUUCGAAUUGCGAUCAGGUCGAACAAAAUGUAUAUCGGAAGACAUAAAAAGCAAUUCAAUGACCGUCGGUAAAUACACCGUCGUUAACCCCAACGAAGCUCACCCUUCUCCUCCCUCUCACAAGAUCUCCAUAAGGGUGACAUCGAGUUACGGGAACACGUUUCAUCACGCGGAAGACGUGGACUCGGGACAAUUCGCGUUCACGGCGGUUGAAGCUGGAGACUACAUGGCUUGUUUCACUGCCAACGGUCAUAAGCCUGAGGUGACGUUGAGUAUCGAUUUUGAUUGGAGGACGGGUAUUCAUUCCAAGAGCUGGGGUAGUGUCGCCAAGAAGAGCCAAGUCGAAGUCAUGGAGUUUGAGGUUAAGCAACUGAUUGAAACCGUCAACUCGAUUCAUGAUGAGAUGUUUUAUCUCAGAGACAGGGAGGAAGAGAUGCAGAAUCUGAACAGGGGUACAAACUCCAAAAUGGCUUGGUUGAGUUUCCUCUCUCUUUUCGUAUGCUUAGGAGUCGCCGGAAUGCAGUUUAUGCACUUGAAGACGUUUUUGGAGAAGAAGAAAGUCAUCUAAGAUGGUUAGUUAGAUGGAACAAUCCCACUCUUGCUUUUUCAUAACUCAAGAUUAUUCCUUGGUUUUUUGUAUAUUUAGAUCUUUGUAGCUUGAGCAUGUCCCCUUGGAACUGGAACUUAAGUGAAUGUGAAACUGUUUGCCAUUUUA